UUUAUUUGCGAAAAGAUAUUUUAAUAUAAACAAAAACAAAUAUUUUAACUAGCUAAAAUGCUUGAUUUAAAUAUUCAUUAAAAUUCAAAAAAACAAGAGACUGAAAUGUAAUAAAUGACUAAGGAAUAAAAAAAAUCCUAAAUCAUUGUAUCUGCAUUUGAAGAACUCAGAUAAUCUAUCACUAAUGUCAACUCUGUUAUCGAAUAUAGAAGGAAGCUCACUUAAAUAAAUCAAUCUAUUAGAUUAGAACCUACAGAGGGUCAUAAUAAUCAUAAAAUGCACAUUCCUUGCUUUGAUGAAGAACUUAUGAAUGAAAAAUAAGGUAAUGGUGCUGAUGCUAUUUAAAUAUAAAUGACUGAUAGAACCCACAGCAAGCAAGCUCCUCCCUCUAAAAAAGAAAUCAUAUAAAAUGAAAUAAUGAAGAGAGACGAACAUAAAGUAGAUCUUGAAAUUCUUGUUAAACGUUAUGGAACAAGUAUUUAAAAGGGACACGAAUAAUCAAGAGCUGAACAACUUAACUUAGAAUUAGGUGACAAUAAGUUAUCAGAAAAGCCUAAGGAACCACUCAUAUUUAAAUUUUUGAGGGAACUUGUUACUCCUUUUGCUCUUUUACUUUGGGCUUCAGCAAUUAUUUGUUUUAUUGCUUAUGAUAUGAAGACUUCCUAACCUGAUAAUCUCUAUUUUGGUAUUAUUUUAAUUGCUGUUGUAUUGAUAACUGCAAUUAUUACUUAUCAGUAAAAUAAAAAAUCUGAAGCUAUUAUGGAUUCAUUUAAAAACUUCUUGCCUCAAAAGAGUGUUGUUAUCAGAAAUGGAUAUGAAACUCAAAUUAAUGCUGAAAAGCUUGUACUUGGUGAUAUUGUCAAAGUUAAAGCAGGAGAAAAAAUUCCAGCUGAUAUUCGUUUAAUUUAAGUUAAUGAAAUGAAAGUAGAUAAUUCUGCUUUAACUGGUGAAAGUGAGCCCUAAAUUCGUUCUACAAUUUGCAGUCACCCCGAGUCUUUACUUGAAACAGCAAAUGUCGCCUUUUUCGGUACACUUUGCAAGGAAGGAUAAGGCACUGGUAUUGUUAUUUAAAUUGGUGAUAAGACCACUCUUGGUGAAAUUGCAGGAAUGGCAUAAGCUGAAAAGAAAACUAAAACUCCACUUCGUAUCGAAUUAGAUAGACUAAUUCUUUUCAUGGUUUUUGUAGCUCUCUCUCUUGGCGUUCUAUUUUUCUUACUUUCAUUCUUCCAUGCAGGUUACGAUGCAAUGACUUCAGUUGUUUACGGAAUUGGUAUUUUGGUUGUUAAUGUUCCAGAAGGUUUAAUUUGUUGUAUUACUAUUUCUCUUGCAAUAACAGCUUAAUCUCUUCAUAAAAAGAAUGUCUUGGUUAAAAAUUUGGAAUCAGUAGAAACUCUUGGAUCUACUUCUUGCAUUUGCUCAGACAAAACAGGUACUCUUACAUAAAAUGUAAUGACUGUUGAGCAUAUUUGGAUUAGCGGCUAAUAACUUAAAGCUAAAAAUAAAAAAUUAGUUGAAAAUGCUAAUGAAUUAGAUUACAACGAAAAUGACGCUGCUUUUAAAGAAUUGCAUCUCAACGCUAUCCUCAGUAGUGAUGCCAAAUUUGAUAUCAGUUAAUUAGAAGAUAAAUAAAACAUCGAUUACCUUAAAUGUCAUGUAAAUGGAGAUGCUACUGAAACUGGUUUAGUAAGAUUCUUCUAAUCUAUUGAAGACAUCAAUGUCACUAGAGAUAAAUAUAAAAUACCUGAAAACGAUGAAAAAACCUUAGCUAGAAUGCCUUUCAACUCUACUGAAAAAUUCGCUUUGACAAUUGUAGAAUAUAAAACAGAAACAAGCGAUUAUUGCGUAUAUGUUAAGGGUGCUCCUGAAAAAAUUUGGAAAUUCUGCUCUCAUGUUCUAGAAGGUGAACAAACUGUACCAAUAACUUAAGAAUGGGAAAAGAAAUUUUAAUAAAUCAAUAAAACCUUUGGUAAAAAAGGUGAAAGAGUAUUAGGAUUUGCCAAAUUGCACCUUCCUAGACAAGAUUAUCCUCUCAAUAACUCUAAUUUUUAGGUCUAAAGCCCUAAAACAUUCAAUUUUCCUAUAAAUAACUACGUCUUUACUGGUUUAAUUUCAUUAAUUGAUCCUCCUAAAACAAGAGUCCCUGGCGCUAUUCUUGAAUGUAGAUCUGCCGGUAUUAAAGUUAUCAUGGUUACUGGUGAUUAACCUCCUACUGCUGCAUCUAUUGCUAAAUAAGUAAACAUUAUUCCCAACUAUGUUGAAACAACUGAAGAAAUGAUGGAUAGAUUAAAUAUCCCUUGGGAAGAAGCUGUUGAAAAAUGUGAAGCCAUUGUUAUCCAUGGUGAAAAAAUUGUAUAAUCUAUUACUUUAGAAGAAUAAUAAGGAAUUGAAAAAUUCACAAACCUUAGAAAAUGGGUUAAGAAGCCUUACUGUGUAUUUGCAAGAACUACACCCGCUCAAAAGCUCUAGAUUGUAUAGGCCUGCUAAUAAGAAGGUUACAUCUGUGCAGUAACUGGUGAUGGUGUCAACGAUUCUCCUGCUAUUAAAUAAGGUGAUAUAGGUAUUUCUAUGAAUCUUACAGGAAGUGAUGUUACUAAAGAUGCUGCAGAUAUGAUUUUACUUGAUGAUGACUUUGCUUCUAUUGUAUCAGGUGUUGAAGAAGGAAGAAAGAUUUUUGAUAACUUAAAAAAGACAUUUGUUUAUCUUUUAUGUUCAAAUAUUCCUGAAAUCCUCCCCUUCCUUGCUUUCAUCAUUUUCAGUAUCCCUCUUCCCUUGAGUAAUAUUUACAUGCUUUGUAUUUGUGUUGGUACUGAUAUCUAUCCAGCUCUUUCUCUUGGUUAUGAAGAAGCUGAAAUUGAUAUUAUGACUAGAAGACCUAGAGAAAAGAAUGAUCACUUGAUCUCUCUUAAAUUGAUGGCCCACUCUUAUGGAUUGAUGGGUAUUAUGUCUAUGUCAUGUGGUUUCCUUGCUUACUUUACAAGCUUAAAUUACUUUGGUUUCAAAACUCUUGAAUUGUUUGGCAUGGCUACUUACACAGCUUACAAACCACCUAUUAAUCUUUUUACAGUUGACCCCAAAAUUGACUAAUUCUCCUAAUAUAAAGACAAUGAAAUUAUGUUCAAUUCUAAUGUCAUGCUUGGAAGUGAUACAUGCGAAGAAGAUUUAGAUAAAUUAAAACAAAGUGGAUAAGAUUUCUCAUGGACUGUUGAUUGGGCUUUAAUAGGAGAUGGAAAAUACGAUCUAAGAAAAGCUUUCAUUGAAUGCAAAGAUCAUAAAUGGUAAAGUAAGGUUGAUGGAUGGUCUGACUGUGAUAUUAACAGCAGCUACACAUAUUCUGAUUUUACCAACAACACAGCUUGCUAUUCAACAGAUGCUUUGAAAUUUGCUUAAUCCAGUUUCUUUUGCUGCAUAGUUAUCUUCUAAUGGAGUAACAUUUUUGCUUGCAAGGCAAGAAAAUCUUCUUUCUGCACUUCACCAUUUAAUAUGAAAAUGAUAUAAGGUAUUAUUUUUGAAACUGCCUUAGCAGCAUUUUUAGUACUUACUCCAGGAGUUAACACUGUUUUUGGUGGUCGUCCAAUUGAUUUCUGGUAAUUUGGUGUUUCUGGAGUUCCAUUUUCUAUAAUGGUCCUAGCCUGGAAUGAAAUUAGAAAGUACUUAAUUAGAUCUCAUAGAUGGUUCUUAAAGUACUCUUAUUGGUGAAGGAAGUACUUAUUUCAAUAAUAAUAAUAAUAAU